AAAAGUAAUGUAGAUAAACUUAUGUAUCUACUUUUAUAUAUUAAGAAUAGAUAGAUUGAUAAAUUGGGAGGGUAUGAAUAUUAUUUGGUACCGGUAGUUUUCAAUAUAGAAAUCAUGUAUGUGAAUGUGAUGGGUUGGCUAUAAAUACAUGGAUCUUGAUUUAUGAUCUGAGCCAUAUAAAACUAUCAAGGAAUAAUCAAUAAUGAUGUUGGUGGUUGUUAGAGUGGUGGUGUGUGUCCACAUAUUUAUGCUGUUUCACUUUGCAUGUUUGUCUUCUCAUUCAUGCCAUCCAGAAGAGAGUUCUGCCUUGUUUCACUUCAAGAUCCAACUCAUUACUAACACUACUUUUUUUUAUGGAUGGUAUGAGCAUGAAUGCCCCAAUGCUUAUCCAAAGAUGAGUACGUGGGACAAUGGGACAGAUUGUUGUUCAUGGAUGGGUGUCACGUGUGAUUCUCUGUCUGGUCACGUGAUUGGCCUUGAUCUAAGUUGCAGUGCACUUGUAGGUAUAAUCCAUCCUAACACUACACUUUUCCAUCUUACUCAUCUCCAAACACUCAACUUUGCUCACAAUCAUAUCUAUAAUUCUCAGUUGUCAUCUCAGUUUGGUGGGUUUGUGAGUCUCACACACUUGAAUUUAUCUUAUUGUCAGUUUAAAGGUGAUAUUCCUUCUCAAAUCUCACACCUUUCCAAAUUACAGUCACUUGAUCUCUCUUGGAAUUCUGGUUUAAAGUGGAAAGAAACCACUUGGAAGAGAAUGCUGCAAAAUGCAACUUCUUUGAGUGAGAUUAUAUUGGAUGAUACAGACAUGUCUUCCAUUAGCUUAACACCAAGUCAUUUGUCCAAUUGGUCUUUCUCUUUGGUUACUCUUAGUCUUAGUUAUACAGGGAUAAGAGGACAUUUGACAAGUCAAAUUCUCUGUUUACCCAAUCUUUAUGAGCUCAAUCUACAUGGAAAUAGAAACAUUCAAGUCCAUGUUCCAAAGUUGAAUUGCAAUACGUCUCUUAAUUUUUUAGAUCUUUCAUGGUGUCAAUUCUCAGGAUCACAAAUCCCUUCUUCCUUUUCUAACCUCACAAAUCUAACUUCUUUGUACUUGUCUGGAAGUGAAUCCAGUGGUUCAAUCACAUCCUGGCUCUCAAAUCUUCAACAUCUCACUCACUUGGACCUUUCAGACAAUAGAUUUAAUGGUCAGUUUCCAAAAGUACUUGGUCAAUUCACCAAAUUACAAACACUCAUUCUUGCAGGUAACAAUUUAGGAGGAAAGCUAUUGCUAUCUUCAUUAGCUAACUUAACUCAAAUUUCUCGAUUGGAUUGUUCUCAUAAUAAGUUUCAGGGAUCUCUUCCUAAAAAAAUAACAGGUUUUUUAAGUUUGACUGAAUUGAUUUUAAAUGAUAACUUAUUAAAUGAGACAAUUCCAUCUUGGUGUUUCUCCUUACCAUUUUUAACAUCCUUAGAUCUAUCAAAUAAUCAGUUUACAGGAAAUAUAAGUACAAUCUCAUCCCAUUCCUUGCAGUAUCUAUAUUUAUGCAGGAAUAAAUUACAAGGCAAUAUUCCAAAAUCACUAUUUAACCUUGUAAAUCUCACUCACUUAUGUUUGUCAUCAGCCAAUUGGAGUUAUUCCCUUCAUUUACCACUUUUUUCCAAGCUUCAAAACCUUCAAGUCCUUUCUCUUUCAGGUUUUAAUUCAUUUUUAUUAGAUUCUAGAACCAAUUCCAGUUAUAAUAGGUUCUCCAACUUAGUAGCAUUGCAGUUGCUUCAGAGCGAUUUAACUAAUUUUUCCAAAAUCUCAUGGAAAUUUCCAAAGUUGCAAAUUCUCGAACUCUCAGAAAAUAAACUUGAAGGAAAAAUUCCCAAAUGGAUACAUGAUUCACAUUCAUUAGGGUAUUUGGAACUUUCACAUAACCAGUUGUCAUCAAUAGGCCAAUUCCCAUGGUACCAACUUGUAUACCUUGACCUUAGUUUCAACCUGCUAACUGAUGACAAUAUUUCCUUCCUUUGCAAUGCAACUUCUCUCCAGAUUAUCAACUUGUCGCACAAUAAGUUCAGAGGCACCAUUCCACAAUGUGUUGCCAAUUUAUCUUUCCUUAUUGUUUUGGAUCUACAGACAAACAAAUUUCAUGGCACUUUGCCAAGUAACUUUUCCAGGAAUCUCAACACAUUGAAUCUCAAUGGGAACCAAUUAGAAGGUCAUUUGCCUAGAUCUCUGUCCAACUGCAAAGAUUUGAUGGAUUUGAAUCUCGGCGACAAUCAGAUAGAGGAUACAUUUCCACAUUGGCUUCAAAGUUUGAAUUUGGAAAUAUUGGUUUUAAGAUCCAACAAGUUUUAUGGGACGAUAGUCAGCUUCAAAACCAAAGAUGUGUUUCCCAGUUUAAUUAUUUUUGAUAUCUCAUCCAAUAAAUUUAGUGGCCAAUUACCAAAAGGUUUCCAAGCCAUGAAGAGUGUUGUUGGAGCAGAAGUGCAAAGCAGCUUCUAUUACAUCCAAAGUGGUUAUGGCUAUAUACUAGGCUCCAUUGACCUAGAAUACCAUGAUUCUGUGACUGCAACAAUGAAAGGGCUUAGAACCAAUCUUGAGAAAAUUCCAAAUGUCUUUGUAAGUAUCGAUUUAUCAAAUAACAGAUUUGAAGGAGAGAUUCCAGAUGAUUUUGGAGAACUUCAUGCACUUAUAAGCCUUAACCUUUCCCAUAACAGCCUCACUGGUCCUGUUCCUCACUCUCUAGGAAAUUUGGCAAACCUUGAAUCAUUGGACCUCUCCUCAAAUUUGCUUACAGGGAAAAUUCCUGAUGAGUUGACCAAUCUGAUCUUUCUUGAAGUCUUGAAUCUUUCCAGCAACCAUCUUGAGGGAUCAAUACCUCGAGGGAAACAGUUUGAUACAUUUUCAAACGAUUCCUAUGAGGAAAACAUGGGCCUAUGUGGAUUUCCAUUGUCAAUUGAAUGCAACAACAAUGUCCCUCAACAGCAAUAUCCAUCUUCUGAGGCUGAAGACAAGUUUGGGUUUGGUUGGAAACCAGUGGCAAUAGGAUAUGCAUGUGGAAUGGUAUUUGGAAUUGGCUUGGGAUGCUGUGUUUUCUCAAAUGGAAAACCUCAAUGGCUUGUGAUCAUCUUUGGAGGCAAAAGAAUUAAAAGGAGGAGCCGUGGAAACCGGCGUGCAAGAACAACUUAGUGGCCACAACUUCUGCAUGAGAAAUCUGUUUCAGGUUUUUGUUGUAACAUAAAUGUGCAAUAAUUAAGUUUGUAUGUUAUGCUGCUGUG